AUGAGCUCCGAAGACGCAUUUUCGUCCAUCCAAUGGGAUAGAGAAGACAAACCAGAGCCGCCAACUGCUGUUGAGGAUGCGAUCAUUGAAGAGGCCAGCCCCUCCAACUCAUUGCUUCUCGCCACAGAACCUCCCAUUGAAACCUCCAGUUUGAACAUGAAUCAGCCCACAGACGAGGUCGAAAAGGGGCCUGAAGUCGAUAACGAAGAAGCUGCCGCAGCAUCUGAACCUGAGCCAUCUCAGCAGACCGAAAUCUCCCAGAAUGUGACAGAAGCAUCUGUGGCGGACGUUUCUGGCCAACAAACCACCCUUGACGAGCCUCCAGCACCGGUGGUGACCGAACCAUCCAAAUCAGACAUCGAGCAGCGCAGAAUGGAGGAGCAGUUUCAGAAAUACUUCAUCACGCUGCAUGUGAGCCAUCCUAUCAGCGACCGAGAUGGCAACUCCAAGUCGUUCAUCUCUUACUUGGUGACAACAUCUACGGACCACCCAGACAUCAAGAAGCUUUCCUCAAACAAGCCAGAGGCAUCCGAGAAUGAUAAAGGGGUUAUCACUGUUAAGGUGCGCCGGCGGUACGGUGAUUUCCGCUUCUUACAUGACUGUUUGAUCAAUGACUUCCCCCAGCUUUUGGUGCCUCCGCUUCCUCCCAAGCUGAACUUCAAAUACUUGACUGGUGAUACAUUCAGCACACUGUUUGUACACAAGCGGUUGCACUCACUCGACCGCUUCUUAGAGUUUAUCUCUCUGCACAAAUUGUUGUCGCAACUGGCCAUAUUCCACUACUUCAUCAGUGAAUCGGCCGAGUGGGCGUCAUUUACUAAGAACUUGAAGAUUGCGAAAGGAGGAGAAGACCACGAGCAGCUGAUUGUUGGCAAGGUGGUUAACGAAGACUUGUUGACGGAAACAGUGAUGAAUUUCUUCACAUCUUCAAAGCAUAAGCGCGAGACAAACAAGGACAUCUUGGAGAUCAGCGACAAGUUGAAGAAACUAUAUGAGAACUUAAUCAAGCUCGAUAAGAUCUUCAGCAAACUCAACAAGAAAAACAGUGACUUGAAGGUAGAUUACGAACAGUUUCUGGAGCAGAUCGACAAGUUGGCGGCCGUGCAGAACGCUACCAACGUCGCAAACGAGCUGGGUCAGGUUGAUGCUAAUAGAUCCAUUGCAUCAGUUUCAGAUGGCCAAAGUGCUGUCAACAACUUCAAGGUGUUCUCAGAAUCUCUCCGCUUCUUCCUGGAGCGCUGGGGCGACUUGCAUCGAUACAUUGACGAGUCGUUCUUAGUAUCUUUGAAGGACUGUGCCAAGUAUAUUGUGCGGUUUACGGACUUAAUCGAAUUGCAACAUAACAAGAAGAUUGAUUUGAAGGUUUUGGAGGACUAUUUAUUGAAGGUUCAAACCGAUCUAGCCAACAUGGGUGGAGGUCCCGCCGGAGGUGGACACCAGCCUCCUCCAAACCCUGUCUUAAUUGGACAACAAAAUGGAGGAAUUGUUAACAGUACCACCCAGCUAAUUAAGGAUACAUUGUCAACGUCGGCUACUUCGCACAUUGGCUCUACCAAUGCAGACAAUAAGAAGUUCAAGCUUAGGCAGAAGAUCCAGCAGCUUGAGCAGGAGAUCAAGAUGCAGACAGAGGUGGUAAAUGACUUGACCUCUCGGAUCAUCAACGAGGAGUAUCCGAAUUGGGACAAGUUUAACAAGAAUCAGUUGAAACAGUCGAUGGUGGGGCUCUGCGACCAGGAAAUUACGUUCUACAGGGGUUUGGUUGACAACUGGAGUGAGGUGGAGCUUAAGCUCAUGAAACGAAUUGAUGAACUCAGUUAA